AUGUAAAAUAAAAUAAAGUAUUUCUUUUCAUAAUUGAAAUUCAAUCCAAACAAGAACUAUUAUCAAAUUUUGAACUUAACAAAUAAAUCUUCAUAAGAAGAAAUUAAAACUGCAUAUUAUACUUUAGCUAAAUUAUAUCAUCCAGAUAAAAAUCCAGAUUAAAUUGAUAAAUUUAAAGGAAUUAAUGAAGCAUAUGAGAUUUUAAAAAAUCCAAUAACAAAGAAAGAAUAUGAUGAAUCAUAAAUUAAUCCUCAAUAAUAUUAGAAGAAAUAAUAUGAUAGAUAAUAUCAUCAACACUCAAGUAUAAAAUAUUACUAAAGAAGCAUAUAGUUAUUAAUAGAAUGUAAAUCAUGAAUAGUUUAGAAGAAUGUAUGAAGAAUAUAAGAGAACAUAAUCGUAUUAUGAAUAUUAAUAUCAAUCUAAAACAACAUAAAGUAACAACGAUCCUUUUAAAUAAUACAAGAAUUAUACAAAAGAAUAAUAAUAUGUAAAAUUAUCCACAAUUAAAUUUUAUUUUAGGAACUUUAUUCAGGUAGAGCAAGUGCUAUGAGAUAUUUAAUUAUAUUUAUGAUGGGAAUGGCUGCAUAUGUAUUUUUUGAAUUAUUUGGUUUGUUAAUGGAUAAUAGAUAAAUUGUUGUAGUUGAUUAAAAUACUGGUUAACAAUAUGUAACAACUAAGGAUGAAUUUAGAAGAAUAUAAUAAAAAACAAGAGAAUAAAUGGAUUAUGAAAGGAGAAGAGAAAUUUUAAAAUAAAUUUAAGAUGAUGAACUAAAAAUGAUAAGAUAAAAUUAAACUUAAUUCUAAAAAUGA